AGGUGUUGCUGGUUCACGUGCCGAGUGCAUGAGGCAUAGCCGGAGCUGAACGACUCGUACCCUUCAUCAGCCUAUCCACAAUGUCGGAAAACUACGGUGACUAUCAAUCAGAGAUCUAUGCUCGAGGAGCCAUUACAGGUGUCCUGCCCAAUGUCACCACCGAUCCUCGCCUGCUGGAGGAACAGGCUCGGAAAGCAUUAGGCGCGCGUGGCUUUAACUACGUCGCUGGCGGGGCUGGGGAGAAGGCGACGAUGGAUAGCAAUCGGUUGGCGUUUCGCCAAUGGAAGCUAAUCCCCAGGAUGUUGAAACCGAUGGAAGACCAGAACCUUGCGGUGAAUCUCUUUGGUCAAGAGUAUCCAACGCCGAUUCUGAUGGCACCUGUUGGCGUGCAGUCGAUCUUCCACGAUGACAAGGAGACUGGGCUCGCGGAAGCCUGUGGAAAUGUUGGGGUCCCAUACAUCCUCAGCACGGCGAGCAGCAGCUCAAUUGAGGAGGUGGGCGAAGCAAACGGGGACGGCAAAAGAUGGUCCCAGCUCUACUGGCCGCUGGACGACGAGAUUACACUUUCAUUGCUGAAACGCGCCAAAGAAAAUGGGUUCUCUGUCCUGGUUGUCACCCUGGAUACUUGGUCUCUGGCCUGGCGACCAGCCGAUCUCGACAAUGCCUACGUUCCAUUCAUUCGGGGAGUCGGCAACAGGGUCGGCUUUACGGACCCGGUCUUUCGCGCCAAAUACGCAAAGGAAUCCGGCUCGACGGUCGAUGAGGACGUCUCUGGGGCGUCCAGGGCGUGGAUCUCCCAGAUCUUCUUUGGCCAGCCGCAUCGGUGGGAACAAAUCGCCUUCCUCCGAAAGAAUUGGGAUGGCCCACUUGUCCUGAAGGGCAUCCAGCAUGUGGAGGAUGCGAAGCUUGCUGUGGAAGCGGGGUGUGACGGGAUUGUUGUUUCAAACCAUGGCGGUCGACAGGUUGAUGGCGCUAUCGGCUCACUGGAGGUGCUUCCCGAGAUAGUUGACGCGGUCGGGGAUCGAGUGACGGUCCUGUUUGACUCCGGGGUCCGCACGGGCGUGGAUGUCAUCAAGGCGCUCUGCUUGGGCGCCAAGGCAGUCUUGGUUGGCAGGCCGGUGAUCUAUGGGUUGGCAAUCAAUGGCAGGCACGGGGCUGAGGCCGUGCUGAGGGGGCUUCUGGCAGAUCUGUGGCAGAGCAUGAAACUGUCGGGGAUCCGGACCGUGGCAGAGUGCGACCGUGAUAAGAUCCGCAAAGUUCUGUAUCCAGGCGAUGGAAAGGCUAUGUUGUAAAAGGCUGGAUAUCAUUGGCGGUCCACGGGAUAUACCGAGCCACGAGCCACGAGCCCACGAGCGCAGGGUGGAGUCUGGCGAAGAUGAGGGGGAG